AUGUCUCUCGUUUUCUUUUUUAAUACUGUAUUUCUUUUAGCGGAUGGUUUGAAGAACGCAAUUACUUCCUUCAUUAUACCUACAGUAUUUCUUACUGCUUGGACACUGCUGCUUUGUGAAAUCGAAAGAUUCAAGGCAUGAUUUGCGCAUGGGCGUUUUAGAGCAUUUCGCAAAC